GAGACGCAGACGCCUCCUCUUCUUAUACUUGCACGGGCAACUCGCCUCCUCCCUCCCCACAGACGAGACGCCUCAAGCCAAAACAAAAGCCAAGAAGAAUCCAGCCGGGCCGUGUCGCGCCGAGCCAGCACGCACGCGCCCAAGAGGAGCCCGGCCUCUCCGCCCCAGCACACACCAACCAGCAACCACCGCCGCCUCCAUCGCCACCAUGCAGCAGCAGCCGCGCCGCCGCGCCUCCCCGGCCGCGUCGUCGCUCUGACGUGCCGGAGGCUUUGGCUUGGAGCUAGCUAGCCCGACCGACGCGCCAAGCAGCAGGGACCGAUCAAUCGAGAUCGAUCGAUGGGGGUUCACCUGCAGCUGCUGAAGAAGCAGCCGUCGUCGGCGUCGCUGGGAGGCUCGAGCAGCGGCGGGGGAUCGUCGUCGACGUCCUCGCCGAUGCCGCCCAAGGGGUGCAUGGCGGUGCGCGUGGUGGGGCCCGGCGGCGGGGAGGAGGAGGAGGAGCGGUUCGUGGUGCCGGUGGGCUACCUGAAGCACCCGCUGUUCGUGGCGCUGCUCAAGGCGGCGGAGGACGAGUACGGCUUCGAGCAGAAGGGCGCCAUCACCAUCCCCUGCGGCGUCGACCACUUCCGCCGCGUCCAGGACAUCAUCCACCACCAGAAGCACAACCACCACCACAUCAUCUCCGGCGGCUCCGCCGGCCACCAUGCCCACCACAACAACAACCACCACUUCCACAUCGCGGGUUGCUUCCGCGCCUGAUGCGAUGCAUGCGGGACGGAGAUCCAUGCAUCAUGCCCGUGGAUGGAUAGUAGCCUGGUUCGUCGAUCUCCAGCGGAUGCAUGGAUCAUUCAUCGAAGAACAAUAAUUAAUAGUACCUAUUUUAUUUAGGUUUUUUCUUGAUUAUUAGGACUUAUUAGAUAUUAGAUGCAGCAAGCCGCGGAUCGGAUGAUCGAAGGAUCAUGGUUGGUUGCUUGAGGUAGCGUAAUCGUGUAUCUGCAGGUUUGCACAUAUUAUGGAUGGAUGGAUCAUUUUAGAGUUAGUUUUUCUCUAGGUUUCUGAUGAUGAUGAUGAAAAAGGAAAUCAAAGAAUCGUGCAUGUUUCAGUGCUUAGAGAUUUUA